AUGGAUGAUGUCCAAAAGGAGAUUGAUUACUGGAACUCAACAAUUUACUGCUAUGUUAUUGGUGCAAACCCCCCUAUUUAUGUAAUGGAGGGAUUCUUUCGGAGAUUAUGGAAGAAUUUGGGAAUAGGUAAAAUGGCGAUGGCUAAAAAAGGAAUAUAUGUGGUUAGAUUCACCACAAUGGAAAAGAGGGAUCAAGUUUUGGCUGGAAACAUCCCCUUUUUUUAUAGUAAACCUAUGAUGGUGAAAACAUGGUCAUCUGAAGUUGAUAUGUGUAAGGAGGAUAUAAGUGUAAUGCCUAUCUGGGUUCAUUUAAAGCUUUAUUUCAAGUAUUGGGGAGAGUCAUGCCUGGAGAAAAUUGUAAAGCCUGUAGGUAGACUUUUGAAGUUAGAUCAUGCUACCAGUGGGAGAGACAAACUGCCAUAUGUUAGAAUAAUGGUGGAGGUGAGUACAAGACAAGAAUUCCCUGCGAAGCCGCAGUUCAUCAAUGAAAGAAACAAGAUGAUGAAAGUGCCAAUUCACUAUGAAUGGAAGCCUAUUCAGUGUGAGUCAUGUAAGAAAAUGGGACAUGAUGCAAGGAACUAUACAAAACCUAUAGUGAGAAAAGAUUGGAGACAGAAAGUUCAGGUAGUUCAAGUAGAAGGAGGGCAGCAAAAUAAAGUAGUUGAGACCCCUCAAGCAAAGGAGUUUCAACUAGUUAGAAAGCCAAUAAGAAGAAGUCUAGCUAGUAAUGAAGCUGCUUCAACUCAUAAUACCUUUGAAGUACUCGAAGUUGUUGAAGAUGAAAAUGAUAGAGUUUCCCUAGAGACAGGAUAG